UAACGUUUGUUUUACAACUGUUUUAUCGGUGUAUAUGUUUAUGGCUAGCCAGUGGUAAAACAGAAAUGUGCAGCAAAUUUUACCAACAAUUUCUGCGGUGGAAUGGCAGUGAAAGUUCUCUUGCAAAAUGCUUUCGUGCAACUGCGUGCAUGCAGAUCGUAUCUGGACUGGCAUUGAUGAUUUUUGGUAUUGCAGACGCUGCAGUCCAGCCGGAAGAAAAUCACAUCGAACGGAUUGUGGCAACAUCCGUGUUCAGCGUGCUGACGUCGACCGGCGCCGGAUGUGGUCUAGUGUCGUUGUGCAUCGCUCAAGUUUCUAGUUACCGACUCCUUCAGCUAUUCCACUUGUCGCUGAACCUGUUACUCCUUCCGGGAUGUGGUUUUUAUAUGCUGCUCUUGCGUCGUAUAAUAGAGGACACCAAUGCUAAGCUGCUGCAGCCUUCCUGGACGUAUGAGGAAAAACAGGAAGAAAUUGGCGUACAGCGCAUUCGUUAUGUGCUGCUAGCGUUGCACGGGCUAAUUAUUUCUCUUCAAAUGGCUGCCGGCUUUCUCAACUGCAUAAUUUUAUGGAGAUUUCCCGAAUCAAUGCGGCAUGUGAGGCUGAGCAAAAUAACUGGAAAGGGAAGCAUGGAAGCCGAGAUUGAUCCAGAUAUCAAGCAACUUUACGCAACUAUCUAACAGAGCAAAAUUCGACCAUGAUUAAAGCACUGCUGUGGUUAAACGUUGGUGUCACUACAUAUUUGUGUAAAUUGUACUACGAUAAUAAUGAGCAGUCAGCUGCACGGACUUUUUUGACGUGUCUUCCUCUUUUUGAUGCUAAAUAAAAGCACAAUUUAUAUCGCU